CAGAUCAAAGAUACGGCGCUUUCAAUCCGUUUGACCAGGAAAUUGAGUAUAAAAAAAUCAAAUCAUAAAUGUGUAUGGAAAUAUAGAUAAUCCUUUGGUAGACCAAAGAUAUGAAUUGUUCAGCAUUUUCGAUUGUCAUUGGCCUAAUACUUUUGUUGCUUCAAAAUUGUCAAUCUGUCAUGGCAGGGGUAGAUUGGGAGACAGCUUAUAAACGUUGCAGUUUACAGAACGACUCUCUCGUUGAUAUACAAGAUGUUCAGAAUCACUUUUCCUUUCUGAAAGGAUUGCCAUCGAUCUGGUCCUCAGUUAAAGGACACUUUACUUCUUGGAUAGCGUACAGAGGCUGUUUCAGAAAAUCGGUGUGCACUGAAUCAACAAGGGCACAAUUAAAACAGCAAUCGAGUCACUACAUCGAUAACAAUACCGCUGGGAACUGCUAUUUUGAAUGUAUAUCAAAGAAUUAUACGAAUGGGGAUUGUGCAAACAAAGCAAAUUUUUUCUUUGCUCUCUCCAAAUCUUUAUGCUUAUGCUUGUGUGGUAACGCCCCCUUGCAAAAUAUUUCGAACAGUUCUAAAUGCGAAUUAUCGUGUGGGUCAUCUAUCGAUAAUGGAGAAUGUGGUGGAAUUGGACACUUUAGUUUGUACGAACCCAUGCAUAUUAAAUUACCGGAAACAUAUUUUGGGGGAUUCUGUCUGACUUGUCGGUCGCGAAGUGAUCUCAUUAAUACACAGUUGUACAGCGGGGAUUGCAAUGGAAAUAUAGCCGGGUAUUGCAUUACGAAUAACGGGAGAAUGUCAUUACCGCCAUUGGUGUCAACAUUUGCUUCUUACUGGAAUCAUUGUAAAAACCAAAGUAUGUACAUUGUUGGGGACACCAGUCAUACACUUUGUCAAAAAGAGGAUAAUGUUUGGACAGGGUUACGAAAAUACAAAAUAGACAUUUCCAAUAUUGAUAAUGAAUUGUGCUACAUAAUUGAUAUGCACCAAGACACAAUAAACUACAAAAAUGGAAAUUGUACAGAAAAUCGUUUAUUUCUUUGUAAAAGAGAUAUCAGUCCUAGCAAUAAAUAUAGCAAAAGUACAGAAAAAAUAGCACCAUCUCCAUUUUCUAGUGAAACAUCGUGGAAAACCAAAACAACUUCUUAUUAUAAAAGCCUGUCUUCCAGAGGCAUUACAAGUCAUUUCAAUAUCACUACUUAUACACCGCCUCCAUCGAUUGGAAAUUUAGCCACAAUAGUUGGUGCUAGUACUGCAGGAAUAAUAGCUUUGACAUUCGUCGUUUUUUUUAUUUUAUGUUUGUUAAAAAGACGAAAGUUUCAAUGUUUGCAAGUAGAACAACAAGCAAACCAUCAUCAUGGGUCCAACGACAGUACAUACAGUGACCUUGUUGCUACAAGUACGAGACAGGUCGACAGCCACAUAUAUACCACUCUUCCAUAUAACAAGCAAGUAAUAUUGUGAUGGGCAUAUAUGCGACGGAUUAAAAGAAAACAAGUCUAAAAAUGAACUUGAUACAAGAAACAAAUAUAUUUAAGAAGUCUUUAAACAUGGUGCCCUCAAAAGAUCAUUUCAAAAUCUUGUAAAGUCUUCUAGCUCUAGAUGAUUGAUUAUGAUAUAUUAACCACGAUUUAAUAAACAUAACUCUUCGAUAUCCUUUGCAUCAUGCACUAUCACAUUAUCAUGAUAAGACAAAAAUCAAAAUAUGCAUAUAAUCUUGCGAUUUUCUGUCUUAAAAGGUUUUAUGAAAAUUAUAUGUGGUAAUAUGCAUCAAAGUAUUGAUAAUGAUGCAAUAAAUUCAUGAAGACUUGACGUUAAGAGAUAAAAAUGUGCACUUUAAAACAUCUACGCAUAUAGAUUCAGAUUUUGAAUUUUCAAUGCAACAGAGUCAUUACUAUUGAAAUAUAAAAUAACAUGUAAAUAGAACCUGAGGUAAAGACAGUCACUGCAAACCUGCA